CAGGUAGAUUCGAAAUAGCCCGCGUGAUGGAUUUGACGAUUUUAUCUGCUCCAGAUGAAUGCCUGCCUUGUGAUCCUGAGUGUUUGCUAAUAUUUUGCUACAUCAGGUUAAAAGGGGCACGUAUGAACAUAAAGAUGAAGGUACCUGAUCAGUUUACUGUUGAGAGCUUCCCAGUUCUCAGUCAUGAUAAUAAGGAUUAUCACAGAAUCCCAAUUGUCCUAACGUAUUUGAGGAAAGAAGUGGGUUUCUUGUCUUUUUACUCUGAAUGUUCUCGCUUUCCUUAUGUAGUCUAGAUUGAUAGUUAUCGAAUGUCGUAUUAGCUCGAAUUAUGGCUUAGAAUAUGACUUAUCUGACAUUGAGGGUGUUCAGUUGUGUGCUUUAAUUUCAACUAUAGAACGUCGUUUAGCUCCUGCUAUUAAUUGGUUCCUAUGGGGUGACGAUUUUGUUUAUACUAAUUUCACUAGAAAAAUGUAUUUUGGAUCAAUUGGACUUAUCAAACAGUUAUAUAUUCCUUAUAUCUGGCGUAACAAAAAGUUAAAUAAGGCAAAGUCUUCUCAGUUAGUUAUUUGUCUUAAGAACAUGUCCGAUUCAGAAAUAGGCGAGUAUUUAUAUUCACUGGCCAAACUGUGCAUUACAUCACUUGCUUACAUUUUGGGUGAAAAUACAUAUUUUAUCGGCGAUCGACCAACUGCAGUCGACGCUUAUGUGUUUGCAUUUAUGUGGCCCUUAUUAAUGUAUGAAUCACAGCAUGGUGAUUCUAAUUGGUGGGAUAUCGACUACAACUCAUCAUCGUUAUCAUCCACUUGUUUACAAUCAGGUUCACAUCAUUUAAUCACACAUCUAUUACAAUGUCCUAAUCUAAUGAGAUUUUUUAAGAAUAUCUCGUCGAAAUACUUUCAGAAACAUACAAAAUGUUUUAGAAAAGGUAUGAUCUAUAUCCCUUUUUGAUAAAUUUAAAUCAUACACUAAGAUAGAUGAAGGUUCUCAGUGUUUAUGUGAUACAUUUUGUACAAUACAUAUCAAAUAAUGUGAUGAAAAGUUAACUGGACAAAUUCAAAGGUAAUUGGGAAUAAAGGUGAUGAUAAUCAUUAAAGUGCUCAAUAUGAAAAUCACGCUGGAUAAUGAACCAGUAUUAAUAGGGUAUGUUCUUGACGAGUAUACGAGAGAUCAGAUUGUUUGAAAUGUAUUGCUCAAAGAUAUUACAUUACUCUGAUAAAACCUUCAUCUUCUCAUUACAUUGGCCAAGUUUUCAUCCCAUUGUUUUUGCUUGUUAAUUUUCCAAUAUCAGUUAUGAUUUUAUACCAUUUUAUAUGAUGAAAUGCCUUGAAAGGUAACUGAAUCUAUGUGUUAUAACUAUAUAAUAUGUCAGUUUAGAACAAAUUGAAAUAACAGAUUAUUUGUUCACAAGAAUGAUCUUCACCAAUACAACUAAAUAUAUUUUAAUAGAACGUAAGGCAUCCUCCAUUUAGUCAUUAAAUAAAAUAGAAAUGUUUCAGUUAAGACGAAUCGUUGUUAAGAAGUAGCUGAAGUAAUGUUCAUUUUUGGUCUACGGUUAUUUUUCAAUUACGAGCAAUUAAGAGUCUUCUAAUACACACGAGAAUAGUGAGAUCUCGUUACACAGGAUGUAUGACAUGUCUGGCGUGCAACACUUCCUUGCAUAAGAUUCCAGGAUAUCAUUAUAUUACUAACAGAAGUUAUCGUCGAAUUGGAACAACAUUCUAUAUACAUGAUAUCACUCAACGAUAUUGGAACACAACAAACUUAGCGAACUAAAGGUGGUAAAGGCGUGCGUCAUCAAAAAAGUAUGGAUAAGAAAAAUGUUAUCAAGAUUUUCCUUUAAAUUAACACUUAAUCAUAAAAUGUACAUAUCCUGAAAUCUUUUUAUCAAUAAACUAUAUAGGUGAACAAGGAUAGUUUAUGACAAGAGAUACGGUUUGGAUAAGAAUGACAUCAUGAAAAGCUUUUAGUUAACAGAAAUUCUUCCAUGUUUUCGAGAAUGUGAAGGAAAACUGUGGCAGAAUAGUCUUUGGCGCCUUUCUUAUCUAUAUCUAUUAAUGUAUCAAUGCAUGAAGUUUUACCAUGUUUAGGAACUCAGUCCGGUAAUCGUCACGGAUUGAUAAAUGAUUUUUAAUUCGUUUACGAGGUACAGAUUCGUCUACUUCGCUUUGAAUAAUAUUCUGAUCGUCAGAGUUAAUGAAACUACCAUGAUUGACCCAAUCAGAGUUGGUAGAACGGAUUUCGAACCUGAGACUUAGUGACUGAAAACCAAAAACCUUUAUUGCUCAAUUGUUAAUAUCUAAUUGAAGAAUGUAUAUGUACUCAUUAGAUUAAAAUGUCAGUAUCUAACAUGCUUUGAAUUAAUCUACUCAUACUUUACUCAUCAUUUUAUCACCAUACAGAAAAAUCUUCAGUUAUCGACAAGUCAGUUGUAUCUCAUCCGAUUCGUGAUUGUAUUCUCUGGGGUACUGGAGUAGUUGGUUUAUUUCUAACUUAUGCUUAUUGUUCAAAUAAUCUACGGAUUUUACAAAGGUUCCACGGAUCUCGAUCAACCUAAGUGCUAUCUACAGUCGCUACUGUUAUUUAUUGUUUUAUAGUCCUUGAAUUGUGUGUAUUAUCUCGCAUUUCUCUCUCCAAAUAUCCUUCCUAUUCUCGUAAAUCUUCUUGAACCCAUUGUCAAUUCACACAAUUUUCUACCCUUCCUUUUUGAAAAUCUCGAUUCUGUAUGAUUUUACAAAUUUCCGAUUGCAUAUGUGAAUAUUACUACUUCCAGUACCUUUUUUGUUCCUAUGUCAUCCUGGCUGUUCUCUUUGUUAUAGUGUUAAUACAAAGAAGUUCGUCUAUACAUUGUUAUCUGAAAUGAUGAUGAUGUGUUCUCUAAACUAUUUAGCUUAAUUACUGAGAAGAAUUAGGCUCUAAAGAUGUCCAGAUUAAAAAUUAAUGAAAGCUCUAGCUCAGAUAACACAUUAAAUUGUUGUCUUUGACUGAUUGUAAUGCAUUUCUUAAAAGCUUCCUGUCUAUCAUUAUCUUAUGCUUGUUUUUAUCACAGAACAUUCAUUGUUACUUCUUUUCUCAAUGCCAGGCAUAAUCAUUAGCAGUAGUAAAAAUGUAUCAGAGAUGAAAAGAAUGUACGGUAGUUUUUGUAUUACUUUAGUGCACUUUUGUAAAUAUAGAUCUUUAUAAUUUUUAGAACACUUGUUUAAUCUUAAUUUUCUGGGUUAAUAUAUCAUGGUAUAGCAUUGUAGGCCGAUGCACACGUUUGUUAACUGCUUGAACGUUGAUUAUAACUGACUGUUUAAUCAGUGUAUUUUGUCAAGUAAAUUGGCUGAAAGGUUGUUAAGGCAUCAGGUAUUUCCAGUAGUUGUGGUUCAGUCAUGAAGAUUAGUUAAAAACAGUGAGAAAGGCGAAAAUCAUAUUUAUUGCCAAAAGACUUAAUUUCAAUUUUAUCAAGAAAGUAAUUUAUGCAACUUGACUAUACGAUGGAUAAAUAUUUGAAGGGAUCUGUCCAUGGUUCGAAGCAGCCCCCAAAUGCCCUGGUAUGGUCGAAAGUGAGGAGAGUCCGCUCUUCCUCUCGAAACGCUCUCACAUGACCACGCCUAUAUAGCCUCUGCCAGGGAAGUCCUACUCACUGCAUUCUCGUUGUGGGGGUGUUGUUUUCGAAAUUGAGAGGACGAAAAGUGAAUGUCCGGUGCUUUAACCGGGUCGGUGGACAUGGAGAGUCCACCUAGGGGAGUUGAAAAACCACAAUUCCAAACCAAUGGUACACAUGGGCUCCAGUAUCUUGAAGGAACAAAUGGCGUAUGAACCAAUCGUUGGUCACCGGCUACCAUGAGACUGCAUCUCCUUACGAUGCUCCACUGCCUUUUGGAUCAGACCUUCAGGUCGAAGGCUUCGAGUGUGGUCUCCUAAGAAAACAACCUGCUUCGGUUUGGGCACCAGGACAGUAUCACAGCCCUCACACAAAUCAAAUGAAAUUUGUGUGGCGCAUAUGUAUGUGGUGCCCUCUUGUACCAAUAGUCAUGUGUUCAAAUAAAUAAUAGUCACCUGGUUUCUGCUAAUUUGCGUUAACUGUGAUGUAGACAGUGGGUCAACCGGCCUUUCAAUGAUCACGUAUGCUGCUCAUUAGUCUACUCUGUAUUAUUCUAUGAUUAUGAAAAAUAACCUAAUGAAGUAAAAGACUAGUGAUCAAUCCUAAGGUUAAAAUUCGUGUUCAGUUCUUUACCAACUAAUUUUAGUCCCCUAAUAUCCCAACGUAGUGCACAUGGCGUCGAGCCACUUAGAGUAGUGACCGCAUUUAAACUUAAUCGAUGAGGUUCAUCGACACGAAAGGAUUAGAUAAGUAUGAGAUCUAUCAUCACUCAGUCCAACCGGGAGUCAGUGGUCAUAACUCUGACUGUAGAUCUGAGUAAUGCGGGUUCGAAUCUCACAUGGACCAGUUUCCUGAAGUCGCCAGGUACGCUGUUCUGACGAGUGCCAGCCAUCAAGUUGCAUAGUUUCAUAGUUCUCUGCGUGCCAUCCAAUAAACAUUGACUAAUUGAACCCUUAUUGUGGAAACAAGUCAAACGUCAAUUACAUUGAGGAACUAGAUAUUUAUGUAUAGUUUCGUAUAUACGUAAAUAAUGGGCAAGCAUAAUUCAGUAUUGUCGUACAAAAUGACGAGGAGAGAAUUGCAUUAGUAUCAAAGUUAUUUUCUGUGUAUAUGUGUAAUGUAUAUAUAACAAAGGAAUUGUAAUUAAGGAAAACAGAGACGUAAGAUGUCACUUUCGGAAUGUUUAAAAGCAAGCCACUGAAUGCAGUUUGCCGUAGGAGAUAUGUGCACGAUAUUGAUUUUAUAGAUUCUAUGCAUUAAAAAAUGUACAAGGUGUGAAGAUGAGUUUCAAUGAAAGAAAUUGUAGAAACGGCAAGUGUGAAUUGAGUACGUUGUGUGUGUGUGUAUGUGUUACCAAAAUUGAAAAUUCAACUGAACUCAUAUAAAUACGAAUAAACUUGACAGAAGUAUAGAGAAGCAAAGAAGAGUAUAUAUAGAUAUAUAAAGACAUUUAUAACGCGAAAAUUGGUAGCUCAGUUGAAUCCAACCAUCUAUCAUACAUACUAUUUGAAAUGAAUGGAUCAAUUGCAAAGAAUAUUCAAAGCUUCGUAACUAACCUAACUAGUUUAGAGAAGACAACAUCAUCGAAAAGGAAUACGUUCAUACUCAUAGCUAUACAUAUCAAUGAAUGAAAGUGAUGUUCAUUUAAACAAAAAAAGAGAUUGAUAGAAAUAUUCUGUUACAGUCAGAAAAGUAAGAAAUAUCAAGUCAAGAACAUACUGAGAAUUUAUCUAUAAGGAGAGAGAAAGGAAGUGAGUGAGUGAAUGAGAAAGUGUAUUGCUGGAAGACACUUACAGUUCAGUAAAGGAUUUUUCAAUCUGUUUAAGAAUAUAACGAAAUAAGUAAUAUAUAUGGUCUGGAUCAUGGAAAGAGGUAUAUGUGGAUAAUUUGUUGUCAGUAGAUGAUAUGGUUUUAUGUUUGAACAGCUGAAUGAAAUUCAUGUAUAUUUGAAUGGUACCAAUGUCUGGGCUCUUUUUGAGAAUGGAGUUUAAGAAAAGUCGAGCUAAGAGUAGAACAUAAUUGGAGUAAUCCUGAUGAGAAAUGCAUUCGGACAGGAUGAGGAAACAAAGAAAAACCUAGAAGCACUAAAUGGUUGUUUCGUUCUACUAUAGGACUCCUCGACAGUACAUAUCCACGAUCCUGCAUGCAUGACUCAAACCUCAAGACCAUUGAUCUCGUGAACGAACUUUUAACAUUCAGAUCAUUGAGUUAGCCAGCAUUCAACACUGUAAAUAUCUAACUUCCAUAGAUCCAUGAUCUUGUAUGAUCUUUAUUCAUAAUAGAAAUGAUAAAGUACAACAUAUAUAAAUCAUUAUUAUUAUGAUGAUGAACUUACUCGAUGAAGACCUUCUUCUGUAGCAUCUAAACGUUUAUUAGUUUGUACAGUUUGCCAUAAAUUAGUAACUUUUCUAUAAUUAUCAUUUGAAUUAUCUAAUGAAUUAUUAUUCUUUUUAUUAUGUAUAUCAUUAUCAAUGUAACCAAUAAUAUCUUGAUUAUUUGGUAAAGAAUUCAAUAAGGCUAAUUGAGAUUCAAUAGUUGUUAAUCUUUUCUAUAAUAAAAUAAUCAAAUAACAAUCUAUGAAGAUGAUAGUAGAUGGUGAUUACAAGGAAUACUAUUACUUUUAUAUAUAAGUAUACCAUUUGAAUAUGUUAUAAUUUGUUGUUUGAAUGUUUAUUGUCUUGGCUCUUUGAAUGCUACUUUUUUGUAACUGGUCGUCGCUGAUUAUUAUAUCGGAGAUGUUUAUCACUUAUACUCGGAACGAGGGAUUUCUGCAAUUCCUACGACACGAAAGUAAGAACACAAAGAUUGGUAUAAGUGAUGAUUUAUUCAACCCCAAAACACUAUGAUGACGAUGAUUCUAGU